CUAGAUGAUGCAUUUGGGAUCCCUGGUUCAUCGUUCACCCAGUGUAGCUGCAGAUGCUGCUACAGAAUCUGAUGAAGAUGAUUGUAACUUUGGGAGACAAUUUAAACGAACUCUCUCUUUCCAAAAAGCUGAUGAUUUUAGUCAGAAUCAUGAAGUUAACAGCUGGAUUCCAAAGAAUAUUAUGAAAAAGGAAUGUGCUUUUUUCAUAAGCAAGACAGGUGGUGACGAACUGAGAACAGAAGAUGACAGCAUAGAAUGUGAUGAAUGUGGGCACUACAGAAGUGAACACUCAGAAGAAGCUCUCAGCAGAAGUUCAGAGGCAAAAGGAAGGCGUUUCAUUGAUGUGCCUACAGAUGCAUUUGGAAUUAUCAAAUUCACUGGUGGUUUGCGCAGUAAUACUGGAAAGUAUGUUCGUGCUUCCUCUGACACAAAACCAGAAAUUCUAUAUGAGCUAAUGACAAAGCACUGGGGACUCAAACAACCAAACUUAGUAAUUUCAGUAACUGGAGGAGCAAAGGACUUCAUUAUGCCUCCCAAGCUGAGAGUUAUAUUCCACAGAGCCCUCUUAAAGGCUGCCUACGCUACAGGGGCCUGGAUAAUUACAGGAGGCUCAAAUGCUGGUGUAAUGAAGCAUGUUGGGGAAGCAAUACGUGAUUAUAACUUAGUCAAUGAAGAAAAAUUAACAGCAAUUGGAAUAGCAACAUGGGGCAUAGUACAGAAUCGGCAGAUACUCAUCAGUAAAACGGGAGAAACUUCUGCAGAUUACACCAUAGAUGACAAUCAAGAUCACUUGGCAUGUCUUGACAAUAAUCAUACCCACUUUAUAUUGGUGGAUGAUGGAACCAGCAAGAAAUAUGGUGGCGAGAUAUCCCUGCGGGCUGCUCUUGAAAGCCACAUCUCUAAAAUGGGAGGAACUGAGACACCAUUAGUAUGCAUUGCUCUGGAAGGAGGUCCUGGUACAUUACAGACAGUAUAUGAAUCAAUGAAAAAGAAAACACCAUGCAUAGUAGUAGAAGAUUCAGGACGCAUAUCUAACAUUAUUGCCCAUUUUGAAUGCCUGGAUAAAAGUCAAGUUACAGAUGAAGAAAUUAAAAAUAAACUGCAGCCAUUUGCUAACAGCGAAGAAAAACUGAUAAAGCUUGCUGAAAUGCUAAAGGAAAUCUUAACAAUGAAGAACUUACUGACAAGAUUUAAGUCAAAACUUGAUGGACUAGAGGUUGACAGCGCCAUUCUUGAGGCUUUGCUGAAAGUUUCAGCUUCAGAGAAUAAUACUGAGACACGGACACACCAGAUAGAGUUGGCUAUGGCAUGGAACCGGGUUGAUAUAGCGAGGAAUAAGAUCUUCAGUGAUGCCAAGAAAUGGAAAACUGAAGAUCUGCACAAGCUGAUGAUAAAAGCAUUAAUUAAGUGCCGGCCAGGGUUUUUUAAGCUCUUUAUAAACCUAGGUGGCAGCUUGGAGACUUUUGCUACUGAGAAUAACCUGAGAGAACUGGAUGAAAAGCACUUUAAUAAAUAUUCAAAGGACACACAUAACCAUGUUCGUGUUCUCUUCCUUUGGGCCAUACUACAAAACUGUGAAUCACAACAAAACUACAAAAACUUCCCAGACAGGAAAGAACUGGCAUAUAUAAUAUGGACAAAGGGUCAACAUUGCAUAGCAAAUGCUUUGCAAGCAAGUAAAAUUCUGAAAGCCAAGGAAAUGAAGGGCAAGGAUCUGCUACAAGAAAUGAAGUUGCUUGCUGAAGAAUAUGAAAAAAGAGCAAUAGGUGUAUUUACAGAAUGUUAUCACACUGAUGCAAACAGAGCUUACAAACUGCUGAAUCGAGCUGUUGAGAACAGAAAGGGAAGUAGCUGUCUGGAGAUUGCCAUUAGUGCCAAAAAUGAUUCGUUCAUCGCACAAGCAGGUGUUCAGGCGUAUCUAACUAAAGUGUGGUAUGGAGAAUUGAAAACUGAAACCCCUCUAUGGAGGAUAUUUCUAUGCAUGCUGUGCUUACCACUUAUUUACACUGGCUUUAUAACCUUCAGGACAGACAGCAAGGGAGACAAGCAUGAAGAAGAGUGUCAAACCGAUUCAUCAGCCAAAUACUUUGGAAACAAAGCAUAUGAUGCAUCAUCCAGUUUCAAAAAAGAUCAAGAAGAAAAUGAUGUGCUUGUUUCUGUUCCUUCAACACAGUCUGCAAAUGAGUCUGAAAAAUCAAAGCUGUACAGAUUUGUCAUAGCGCCUAUUGUUAUUUUCUAUUACAAUGUUCUGUCAUAUUUUGGACUGUUAUGGCUCUUUGCAUAUGUGCUGAUGAUUGAUUUCCAGGACCUGCCCUCAUGGAAGGAGUAUUUCCUGUACGCCUGGGUUUUCACUCUGGCUUGUGAAGAAAUAAGACAGGCACUUAGUCCAACCGGAGGAAAAGAAUAUAUUAGGGAUCUAAGGAAUGCACUGGAUAUAACAGCAAUCAUGUUGUUUGCAGCAGGAGUUGCCUGCAGGUUUUUUCAUGCAACAUUUUAUCCAGGAAAGAUUAUUCUGUCUGUGGAUUACAUUUUAUUUUGCCUGCGACUCAUGUAUCUAUUUUCAGUCAGUAAAACUCUAGGCCCCAAGUUAAUUAUGCUACAGAGAAUGAUGAAGGACAUAAUUUUCUUCUUGUUUUUGAUGGCUGUUUGGGUUCUUGCGUACGGCGUUUCAAAGCAAGCUAUCAUGAUGCAUAAUGAAAACCGUCUGGACUGGAUAUUUCGUGGAGUAGUUUAUCAACCUUACCUGAUGAUAUUUGGUGAUAUUCCAGAAGAUAUAAAGAGCAUAAACUUUGGUCCAGACAGCUGCACAUUGAAUGGAAGUGAGCCCAACAAACCAAAGUGUCCUCUAUACUCUGAUGGUGAUACUCCUGUUUUCCCUGAGUGGCUGAUCGUGCUGCUAUUUUGUGUAUACAUGCUGUUUGCUAACAUUGUCCUUCUUAAUCUCCUCAUUGCAAUCUUCAACUAUAUUUUUGAACAAGUGCAGGAAAACACUGACACAGUCUGGAAGGUUCAACGCUUUGAUCUAAUUAAAGAAUACCACUACCAACCUUCUUUGCCACCUCCUUUUAUUAUAAUAAGCCAUUUGCUAUACUUUGUGCCAUGCUGGACUGCAAAGAGACAUGACCCAUUUUGUGACACAAGCAUGAAAACGGAAGAAGAAGAUGUUGAUCUCAUCAGAUGGGAAGGAAUCAUGCAAGAAAACUACCUAACAAAUGUGAAAUUUCAAGCACGACAAAGUAUUGAACAGACAAUAAAACAAUCUGCCAAAGACAUCUCCAAGAUAAAAGAUUUAUUAGAGGCUGAACGAGAUGGCAAUAUUUCACAGGAGAAAAGAUUAUCACAUCUAGAGAAAGAAUUCACAGAGUUUCAAAAACAGGUGGCAGAAACUAAUGAAAUCCUAAAGAAGAUCUUAAGCAGCAUGGAACAAAAAUGAAAUAGUUCUGGAAACAGUACACUUAUCCAAGUUAUGGAAGGUGUCUGACUAGUAUCUCAUCUGAAGAAACUAUAAAUCAAGUGGAAAAAACACUUGAUGUUUGUUGCUGUCUUUGCAUUCUCUGAAUGUGUGAAUAACGAAGGAAUAUUUGCAAUUUUUCACUUCAGUUCCACAAAAUUUCAUUAUCAAAUGAAGAAGAGUCUAUGACAUCAAAUCUUUGUAGUUAAAGAAUUACAGAGACCUAGUAUUCAUUGUA